CUUUCUCCAAAUACUGAGUUUGGUGCCCUGAAGCCAGCCUCUGCUCGAGGCCGACUUCCCCCAGUGAGCCCCUUCUCUCGCCAUGACCCCAUGCGUCGCAAGGUUAUUCAGCGUGCUGGAUCACUCACCAAAGAGUUCAGUUGUGAAAGGGGGCAUACGCCUUCGGUGUUGCUUCAAGAAGACUGCAGCCUUCCUCACGAGCACUUGGCCAAGUGUCGAGCUCAUAAGUCGGUCAGUUCGAUUUCAUUGAUAUUCUUUUAA